GAAUGAGGUGCAUGUACUAUAAAGGCAGCUCAUACAACGGGUUAUCCAUAUCUCCCACACCAUGUCCAUCCCCUUCAUACACCUCUAUAUCAACGGUGGCGAGUGCCCCGCGAGCUCACAAGCGACCUUCGACGUGCUUAAUCCAUUCUCCGGGACACUCGUCACGCGUGUGGCCUCUGCGUCUCGCACAGACUGCAAAAGGGCUGUGGACGCUGCGGCGGACGCGUUCAGGACCUGGGAGCAUUCCCCUCUCGGAAGUAGGCGCGACUAUUUACUGAAGGCAGCUGAUCUCCUCACCACGCCGAGAUAUCAGGAGAAGGCUGCGUCAGCUCUGAAAGAAGAAACGAGCGCGGGAGACUUCCUGGUCGGAUUCAACCUCCACGUGGCGACAGAGUGGCUGCGCUGGAUCGCGACGUUGGUGUCUGAGCUCAAAGGCGAGACGUUUCCAUCGUCGGUGCCAGGUGGACAAGUCGUUGCGCUACGUAGGGCACAAGGCGUCAUACUUGCAAUAGCACCUUGGAACGCACCUCUGUUUCUCACCGUACGAGCUAUCUGCUAUCCCAUCAUCUGCGGCAACACCGUGGUGCUCAAAACCUCAGAAAUCAGCCCGCGAUGUCAAUAUCUGAUCGCAGAGCUGUUCGCCGAGGCGGGCUUGCCGAAAGGCGUUCUCAACGUGAUACACACGUCCAAGGAAGACACACCGGCGAGGACAGCGGAGAUCAUAGCUGACCCCGCUAUCAAAAAGAUCAACUUUACGGGUAGUGAUCGCGUCGGCAAAAUCCUCGCAGCGGAGGCGGCGAAGUACUUGAAACCAUGCGUUUUUGAGCUUGAAGAAAAGGCACCGGUGAUCGUCCUCGACGACGCCGACGUGGAGCGCGCCGCAAAAGCCAUCACCUUCUCUGCGCUGCUGUUCUCUGGUCAGAUCUGCAUGUCGACAGAGCGCGUCAUCGUUCAGCGAGGAGCAGGAACAAGCCUCACCAAAGCGCUCGUGGACGAGUUCAGUAAAUUUAGGUCUGGCAGCCCCGAGAAGAAGCUUGGGGCACAGUUCUCAGAGUCAUCCGCGGAGAACAUUGUCUCGAUGCUACGUGAGGCACGGGCAGAGGGUGCAAGGUUCUUGCUCGGUGAUGGAAAGCGAGAUGGCGCGGUGGUGCAGCCACAUAUCGUGGCCGGGGUCAAGCCAGGUAUGAAGCUCUGGGAGCGAGAAUCGUUCGGACCGGUUGUAACUCUAACUGAAGUCGACACGAUCGACGAAGCCGUCGAGCUCGCAAACGCGACCGAGUAUUCGUUGGGUGCAGGCCUCUGGACCACGAAUAUACACCAUGCAAUGGAUGUGUCGAUGCGCAUAAGAGCAGGCUGCGUAACCGUGAAUGGACCUACCGCACACCUGGAAGAUGCCAAAGAUCAUACGGGGCUCGGUGGAGCAUCAGGUUACGGCCGCUUCAGUGUCCACGAAUUCACUGACGUGCGAAUGGUGGUCUUAAAUGGAACGAAUUCGCCCUCGUACCCCUAG